UUCAUUUUCUUCUCGUUAGCAGCAGUGUAUCGGAACCACAAUGUUCAAAAUUUCACUAUGAAGAAAAACUGUUAGAAAAGAUGAUUAGACUCGAAAUAUCGGUAGAAGCUAUGAAGAAGGAAAUUGAAAAAUCUCGGAAUCAAGCUCGGACCACUCUUGAUGAUUUAAAGGAAGAAAGAAUUAUUUGGGAGAAUAAUUUAAAAGCAAAAUCUGACAAACGUUCUACAGAUCUGGCAGCUGCCAUCCAAGAAACUAAAGCUACGGUUCAGGAGCAGUUGAAAACACUCAAAAUCGAGAAAGAUAAGUGGAAUUCCGAAUUGAAAGAUUUUGUACGAAUACCAGAACUUGUGUUGUUUUCUGCACGAAAUCCGAAACAAACUACAAUACGUACAGGACUUAUCAUGGUCUUCGAAGAGGUUCUGAUGAAUGAAGGCAGUGCUUAUAACAAAGAUAAUGGCGUCUUCACAGUUCCAUAUGCUGGUGUCUAUACAUUUAGCGUGCAAUUAUGUGUAGCGAAACAAAAAUAUGUUGAUAUAGCUUUCAUGGCGAACGACAAACCUUUUAAAUUAUCAAGAGUCAAUAGACACGACACAAGUGGGGCUUCAUGUUUUAACUUUGAUGCUGUGACAAAGGUUCGUUUCAACGAUGAAGUGAAAAUGAAGAUACUGAGUUGUGAUUCUUCUGGGGAAACAAUAAAUAAACGUAGCGGUACUUUCUGGAACACUUUUUCUGGCCGUCUUGUUUAUGGAGCUUAUAAUUAAUACCUGAUGGCAAUAAUAUAUUUAGUCGGAGGGUCAAGCCAAAUAGGCUAUUACUCUCAUAUAAGACAAACGGAACUCUAGAAGUCUAAAAUGUACAUUCGUUUAAAAAAAGAUGCCAAAAAUUGUAGCCAAAUUAAUUUAUUAAUAAUUCUUUGCAACCCAAAUCAUCUUAGCUUUUGUUAAUUUAGUCCUUAUCCCCACAUGAUACAAUUGUCGGCAAGGUUUUUUCGCAGGAGCUUGAAAUUAUAUCAAUAAUCGCUCUAAAGUCCGAUAAAAAAUCCAUACCUAUAUAUGUUUUUUAUAGAUAGGUAUGG